CAUAUUUCAUUGCAACACAUCAACACGAGGAAAAGCUGACAUGCCAGACGUGAUCAACAGGAGAGAUGUUUUUCCUCGAGUUUUAAGACGUGAUUUAUAUGUAACGUGACGUAAAAUGACAGAGUCUAGAGAGGGAUCCUCAAAUAAGUGGCAGUAACUGUAAGUUGAAAUUCACCGAUCUCAGCCAAAGAUGGAUCCCUUGCAAAGAAUUAUCACAGCUGGCAAAGGAAGCGAUUGGGACAAUGAUUUGCAGAACAGCGAGGAAGAAAGUGAACAAGACUCGAGUGAAGACGAAAUCGGAGAAAUAGAGGAAGCCCUCCUCCAACGCAUUCACUACGCCGAAGACUACCCGGAGGAUCAUGGCUCCACCCCUGGAGAAGGAGCAGAGGGCUUACUCCCACAAUGCAGUGGAGAGACUCUCUCCAAUAUAACAAUCAAAAGAUUAGGCAGAGAGGACAUUACGAUUGAAAGGAUAGAUACCAGAAUAGGCAUUCAAGAAAAAGGAAGGAGUCUGACUUCGGCAAAAGCUGAGAAAGUGUUUGAACCUAUAAGUGGCAGCGUAGCAUGUGACUUUGCCAAAUCUACUCAGGUUGAGUCUAUAAAGGACCACAGGGAGACAUUCGACAGUGACAGUCCUCAGACACUGACGGUACACGGGUCUGACUCAGAGAGUGAAUCCAAAUAUAAAGCAAUCAAGUCUAAAACCAAAUCUGGCAAAGAGGCAGAGAGUAGUUCCGCAUCUGUGAUUGAAAUUUCGUCUAGCAGUGGUGAGGCAGAGGGUUCAACGGGGAGAAUCAAGUACUUGAAGAUGAGAAAUGACAUUGAUGUUGUAUCAAUCAACUGCAGAGAAGGUGAUUCGGACGUGGGUUCCUACAGCGAUUCUGAAAUUGUCUUCACGGACCAAAUGUUACCAACUCCGGAACCGUCUCCACCGGACAAAGCAACAAAACGGCAGUGGCGGAAUUCUGGAGAUAGUACUGGCAUCACCAAUCCAGUCAAAACAUCGACAAGGGUAAAACUGAAGAGAACGGUCAUUGAUGCAGAACUGAGAAGCAUUUUAAACGAGUUGAAGAAUGAGUCCAGUGAAGACGAUUACUCAGAAGCCAUGGUGAUAGAGUCACACAGUGAGGAUGAGGCACUGAAUGUGAACUUUGACUCUGACCCCAUGCAAGGGAAGGUUCACAAGCAGGAUUCCCAGAGUUCGUUGAAUGAGAACAAACGCACAAUACACCGCUAUUAUCAAGAGUCCGAAGGUCUGCCAUACACAUUUUUCAACUGCUCCAAGUAUGGUCACAUGAACAGACACUGUCCGAAUCUAAAACAAGAAAAGAUACAGACAUGCACACUUUGUGGUACCCAGGGUCACAGGUCUCGGCAAUGCUCAAAUGCCCUAUGCUAUAUCUGUUUUCAGCCUGGGCACAAUGCCAAAAGAUGUCCCAACAAGAAACUGCGGUACCUGACUUGUCGUCGAUGCUCCAUGAAGGGACAUACAGAACAGCUUUGCCCUGAUAGAUGGCGACAGUAUCAUCUAACAACGAAGCCAGGCAACAUCCAGUGCGACAAAUCCAGGCCAGAGACUAGCAAGCUGGUGGCAGUGAACGGCAAAGUCUUUUGUUACAAUUGCGGCAAGGAGGGUCACUUUGGUCAUGAAUGCUUGGAGAUCCGCAUGGAGCAGCACAUGCCUCUGGUCUUACCGUACGUGGUUCGGUAUGGUCAGAUCCCACAACGGUUCCGGCAAGUUCAGCUGGACAGGUCUAAGCCACCUCAGGAUGCCAGAGGGUUCCAUGCCCCAGGGCCCGGUGCAGAGGUGGACAGUAGGCUGCCCCCCGCUGCCCCCAAGAAGGAGAGACGCAAAACAAAGAGGAAGAGGUUGCGAGCAGAAAAACUUGCUGCAGCUGCAGCAAAAUCUCUCACAGCAGCAGGCAGUACAGGCAAGACAAACGAAAUACAAGCUCCCUCUGCAGAACAGGGAACGAAGGGAAAGAAACGAAAGCUGGAACCAGUGGAAUUGGCAACCACAGACAGCAAAGAUUGUACCAAAGAGCAAUUAGUCAAGAAGUGCCGUAAGAAGACCAAAGCAAAGACUGAGGCAGACGAGAAGCUUGAAAACCAGUUGUCACACCUCCCAAAAAUGGAGAGAAAGACCAUUCUAGGGGAGAUGGACUUGCAACACAAGCAGGAAGCCAGUCACCGGGAGGAGAUAUUAGAUGACUAUGAAGAAACCGACGGGUACAGGCAGGAAAUUGCUCAUGAACUGGCAAAAUUGCCAGCAGAGACCCAGGCAGUACCAGUGGGGAAAAAGAAGAAGAAACGACAGCCAAAGAGCGUACGAAAGAUGUGGGCAGAAUAUCAUCGGGGACUGCAACAGCAGCAGCAACAACAACAGAAGCUGUUGCUGCAGCGACAGCAGCAGCUGCCACCGCCCAAGCAGCAACACGUCUUUUUCAGCUUCAAUUUUGGCCAGUUUGCCGAGCUGGAGAGGAAGUACCUCGAGCAGAGUUUGGACACCGGUUUGCAGGAUGCAAGUUCUGAUGCGUCCCAGAUCCCCACAGUCCAGCAGUCGCAGUUAAACAGAAUAAAUGCAAAGCCAGAUGCCAUGCCUGCAAAGAAGAGACGAAAAAGAAAACCAAAACAUAACAAAGGGGAACCCAACCACAUCCAAACAAGCUUCAAAGGCAAUGACCCACAACGCAGUGUAUCCAUGACAAGCAAUCCAAACUUCAAACCACUGUCAAAGAGGCAACAGAAAAAAGCGAAUUACUACAAGAGAUUGAAUGAAGCAAGGAUCAAGGGGCAAUACAUCAAGGGAGAUGAGCAAGGUGUAGUCAGGCCAAGCUUCAGGUCAGACCGCGGCUUCCAAGUGCAGCUCAAGUUUUGAAAGAUGCAGGGUGUUUCAACUCCUUCAGAACACGCCAGCAAGUCUAACCCUGUUGCUACAGAAACGGAUAGCUGAGGAGAACUUUGCUGCAUGGGUUCUAGAUCUAAUACAUGUAUGUGACCGAAUCUCUCCAAGGAGUCUUCAAAUUAUAUUUCCAGUAAUAACUGCAUUAAAAAGAGCAAACUCAGAUCCUCAUUUUGAUUAACCUCUAGUAAUCCAGCAAUUCGACCAUAGUGCUGUUAAGAGGCACCGUCAAUUGGCAUUUAUACUGUUGCCCUAGUGUUUUGUCUUGCAGCUUGGGAUUCGAACCCAUAACCGCCUUAUUGCUGGUACAGAUGUCGGCCACUCAGUCACUGAGUUUGUUUUGGUCAGCUAGCAAGUUUAAAUCCAAUACAGAAACAGAUUCUGCUGUCAACAAUUACUGAAGGAUUUUUGUUCCUUAGGCUUUCAGAAUUCAGAGUUUACGGUGAGUACAUCACAUUGGAAAAGGACUGUAUCCAAUAUGAAAAAUGUACGUCUCCCAACUGGCCCAUUUUAUGUCAAGUUGUUCAUACUUUGUUAUUCAUUUAUCUGCUAAAGACUUCCACCGAAUUGGACUGGAUGUACAGGCAAAACAAAUUUUCGAAGCAGCCUGUAUCAUGUCAAUGCAACACAAAUUUUAAUAUUUUGUGUCCAUUUAGUUACGGGGAAGGUUGUCAUACACUAAAGUUUAUUUUGGUGAAACCUCAUGUUACAAUAUACUGCAGAUCUUUCUCACGGUUCUUACUUCUCACCUGAAAAAUGGAAAUAUGUUGUAGCACAACGACUGUAAAUUGUUUUCAUUUAGUAGAUAACUUGGUGAAUUACUUAAAAAAUAAUGAUAUCUUGCUCUUUUUGCAUUCUUGUGCACAACUUUCCCUUUAAAAAAGAAAACAUAUUUAUUUGGGGUUGCAUAAGAUGCGUCACAAAAGCAAAACAAAGUCACGUAUUGGUAAUCGCAUAUCACUCUUUUUUUUGCUGCAUCUUUAUACGUGUACAUGUACGUGCAUAUAACUGAUGAAAAUAAAAACAGGAUCUGAAAUGCA